CUAGGGUUCGUGUCAAAUAAGAAACGUCACGUCAGCUGUUUUCUGGUUUUGUGUGGAAGUAGAGUGUUCCUCUCAGCUGUUUUGUGUUUGGGUAAUGAUUGAAUUAGCUAUCAACGAGGAUAUUAAUCCUAUCGACAUGUCUGAAACUCAGCCAACAUCAUCGAGUAGCGAGACUACUUCGCAAAUUGUUGAGGAUGUAAAACAGGAAGAAUUCCUAGAACCAGACAUAAAAAAACGUAAAAUUAGUAGUAAACUACCAGAUGACAAAAAAUACAAGUUAGAAGAAAGGCUGGGCGGAAUUUUAUGCUGCGCAGUUUGUUUAGAUUUGCCAAGAGCUGCUGUUUAUCAGUGCAGCAAUGGUCACUUAAUGUGUGCCGGAUGCUUUACUCAUGUCUUGGCCGAUGCCAGGCUCCGAGACGAAACAGCUACUUGUCCAAGCUGUAGAGUCGAAAUAAGUAAAACUACAGCCACUAGAAAUUUGGCAGUUGAAAAUGCCGUAUCGGAGCUUCCGGCCGAAUGCCAAUUUUGUAACAAGCAAUUUCCGAGAAAUUCUUUGGUCAGACACGAGGAAUCUGAAUGCGAAGAAAGAAUUUCUGGUUGUAAAUACAGUCGUAUAGGUUGUCCAUGGAGAGGUCCGUUACAUGAAAGAUCUGAACACGAGAAGGAAUGCGUUCACCCAAAUCGCUCUGGAGCGGAUGUAAUGGAAGCGUUGAAAGUUUUGGAUCAACAGAUGAACGAGGAACGUGUACUUUACGAUAGUAUAUUUGACUUACUGGGAUAUGAAAAAAUCACAUUUAACGAUGUACAGUUGAAACCUUAUCGUACAGAUGAGUUUGUACACAGAUUAUUUUACGAAUCAUCAAGAUUUUCGGCUUUUAAUUACCAGUGGGUAGUCAAAGCGAGGAUAAAUAAUAACCAAAAGGAUCCAACUCAGAGUUCAGAACGGGAUAUGUCAUACCAGUUGAUUUUAAAAUCGAAAUCAAGCAAACCAAUAAGUUUGAGUUACAUAGUACUAAGGGGACCUGUCGGUGACAUAAAUGUGAAAGCAAGAAUACAUGAAUUUGAAUUCACAGAACAGAAUAACGAGACCCCUUUUGUGAAACUACCCUUGCCAGAUACACCUGAAUGUAAUCGAUUAUUGGCAGCGACUACCAUAAAUUUUAGGUUGAUAAUGUUUUCAAAGUAAACGUUUACCUGCACCAAAAUUGUGUAAGAUAUUUUUACACGUUGUUUUAAAUAUUAAUAAUAAAUUUUUGUGCUAUAUAAAUCCUAGGGAUUUUUCAGUAAUUUCUAUUUUGUGUUAUUUGUGGAUCUCUUAGUUACAUUAAGUGUAGAUUAUUUUUAUAUCCAUGACUUAUGAUAUUUUGUUUCUUUGUUCUUGUAGAAGAUGGUAAGAUUCUAUUUAUCCAGAAUAUUAAGAUUUAUAUGCUAUAUAUGUCUAAUUGUUACCUUAGAAUUUAAUUUAAAUGCCAUUAUUAAUAUACUAUAAACUCAUAUUAUUUUAUUUUUAUAACUUAGUGACAUGUUGGCAAUGUUUAUGUAUUUUUGAUAAAAUAUAAGUUAAAAUGGUUACUCAAAAAGACAAUGAUUGAUCAUUAUAUAAUGAGUUAUCGAUAUCGCAGGAAUCAACAUCAUACUCUGCCUCAAUCCCAAUGUUUAUGUAAGUAUUAUUCAUUUUAAGUCAAAAGCACUAUGAUUGGUCGCUACCUAACACGUUUAAGGUAUGAUAAUAAUCAUCUUUGACUCUAUUCCUAUUCGAGAUCCCACAACCCUAAUUAUAUUUGCCAUACGUGUCUAUCUUGACAUCCCAAUAUUAAUGUGUCAUCAUGUAUUUUUUGCCAGCCUCUCCCACUGUUUCCAGGAACUCAAUACUCCGUGAUUCUUACCGUUGUAAAAUUCUCAAGUUUAUAAUAAAUUUAAUAAUAAAUAUUCAUUAAAAUUAUGGGACAACUAGUUUAUCAAUGGAAUUAUUAAAUAAAUGUCGAUAUAUACAAAGUACUUCAUAGCGUACAGCUAACCAUAUUGGUCCUUCGAGCCGGAUUGAACCGGCGACCUAUGGAUCAAUUUAGCUGUACGCUAUGAAGUAGUUUUUAUUUACUGCACAAUGAAAUGGUGUUGUCACAAAGUGACAAUGUGACUUGUCUGAAUUCUGGCAGUGAACUCUCAUAAAUUUGGUAUAAGAUACGUGCGGAUCUAUACGCACUGAAUUUAGGGAAGAUUGGCACGUUCUUAUAUGAAUUCUAGUACGUGUUCGUGUAUAUUUUGGCAUAUUAGUUUAGUUAGGGGAAUUUUAAGCAUGUGAUUGCAUUUUGAUGGCAUAGAAAUUUCAUUUAAAACCGCAACGGAGAAAAAUGUAAAUUUUGGUUGUUGAAUCGUAGACCUCGACCGAUAUAUUAAUUUUCAUGAUAAGAUCAUUUGUCUUAACUUUAAAAUAAAUUUAUUGUGUGUACUAAUUUAAUUCUUAUACGUAUCUGUGGCAUAUAAGGUCCAUAUACUGAACUUUUUUUCAUAAUUUUUAUCCAACAAAAAAAUACUACGUAAUUAAUUAUGGAAAAAUAUUUAUAAUUUUAAUAAGACUUUAACAAAAAACUAAGUGGUUGUAAGUUUGCUUAGUUUUUUCAACAACACCAAUACAAGUGCUCUAGCAAUAGUCCGUGGAAUCACAAGCUUAAUUCCUGCUGUGCAGGUUUGCAAUAAACUAAAGCAUUCGUAAAUUCAUUUUUAAUCAUAUAAAAUGAUUAAAAAGUGUAAAUACGAUGUGGAUAAGAACACAGACAACCUGUAGUACAUAUUCACACAGAGUUUUUAAGUUUAGUCAAUAAAUAACACAUUUAUAUAUCAUUGAAAAUAUGUAGAAUAUGUAAAACACGUUAGUUGUGUAGAAGAACUUGCACUAAGUAGACUGUUUCAUUUUUAAGCCCCUUUAUACCUGUACUUCCCAUCCUAUGGUUUUAAGUCAUUUAAUAAAAUGCAAAUACAGUCAACAUGUCAACUAAACAAAUAUUUAUUUUAAAAUUAAUUUAUUACUGUUGGCAAACCUUAUUAACUGUCACAUAAAUAAUUUGGCACCCUCUAACUGAAAAAUAAUAAUUAUGGCAUAAGCUCAAUUUAGCGUUCGCAAAUUUAGGUUCAAAAGCUAGUGAUUUUAAGCCAUUUAUAAGCCAACAUCACCAAAUGUAUUUUUAGUUUUUUUAUGUAAUUACUAUGUAGAAUGUUAUUUUUAAGUUGCGAAACGAAUCUAAAUUAUAAGGGUUGGGAUAGAAAUAAAACCUUCAAAAUGUUA